AUGCUAGCGAAGGAAGGCAAGCGUUUGGCUGCACACAAGCAGACCCGUUUGUGCAAGUUCUUUGCCAUUGGGGCAUGCGCCAAGGGAUCAGCUUGCACUUUUGCACAUGGUAUGGGCCAUUUGCGGGAACAGCCUGACUUCUCCAAGACCAGGCUUUGUGCGGAUUUUAUGGACGGAUUUUGUGCCAAGGGGAGCCGUUGCAAGUUUGCUCAUGGCAAGCAGGAUUUGCGCCCAGGAUCCACUAAAUCCCGCGCGCAGAAGGACAAAACAAAGUUCGCCGAACCCGAAAACUAUUUCAUUCCCUAUGGCUCAUCCGGCUACGAGCAGGCGGCAUUGAAGCUGAUUUUUCAAUCAGCUUUGGGAUGGAAGGGGGAUUGUGAUGGCAACUCUUCCUUCAGUCGGCAAACAACGUGUGAAGGAGUGGAGACCUCGUCUGCUCAUUUCAGCCGCUGUUCAUCCGACGCCUCCGAUAUUUCACAGGCUCACUUCCAGACAUCCUAUGCUCCGGUGACAUUGCCUCACUGUGGUUGGGAAGUUCGCAUCAGGAAUACAUUUAUUGAGGUGGAGGAUGACAAGGAGGAAGGGAUCUUGCGAAAGUGCCAGGGAACAUCUCGCCGGGAACAAACAUCUAGUCAGCGGCAAGGUUUUCUAGAGCUUGGGCGUUGUGCGCUUGGCCGCAAGUGCAAGUUCGCACAUGGCAAGCGGGAACUUCGCCCGGGCUCUGCAGCCAAGAUCGGCAGGCCAGGAAAAGCAGAACAGGAGGGCCUUGAAAUGUCAUCAGCAGAACAGACCCAGAAGACGUUUUGUUUGCAACAAACAUUGCACGAACAAGCCGCUUUGCAGCUUUUGCUGCGCAAAGCAGAGGUGACGCCUGGGGUGUGCGUGGGGCUUUCCAAGGUGGAGGAAGACAAAGCAGCAGAUGGUGAGGACUUUGAGGGUGCAGACUCUCUGAGCCGACAGGUGACCUGGGAAGGUGUAGAGAGCACAUCAGCAGGAUUCAUUCGUGAUGUGUCGAUCUCCAGCACGGGAUCUGAGCGGCCGCUGGAUACCUUCUCGCCACCCACAGCCGCCAAAAUUCCAUACCCAGAACUUCCUAAACUCUAUGAUGAGCUGGAGAUGCUGGUGAGAAACACUUUUGUGGAGUUGAGAUUCAAGGAUGGAGAACAUUGCAAAGGACUUCGUACCUCCAGAUCUUUGCCAGUCUUGGGCAGUGACUCAGAUUUUUGGCCCCAACUUAGUGCGGGGAGUUCUGCGAUGACGGCCGUGGACGAGCCAAGUGAUGCAGAUGCGAAGCGCCUCUUGGUGCACAAGAAGACCCGUUUGUGCAAGUUCUUCGCAGCUGGUGCAUGCACACGUGGGGAGGACUGUUCUUUUGCACAUGGGAUGGAUCAACUACGCCAACAGCCCGACUUCUCCAAGACGCGGCUCUGUGGAGACUUUGUGGAGCUCGGGCGUUGUGCGCUUGGCCGCAAGUGCAAGUUCGCACAUGGCAAGCGGAAACUUCGCCACGGCUCUGCGGCCAAGAUCGGCCGCCCGGGAAGAGCGGUGGAACAGGAGGCCGAAAGCGAAGCUCAAGUCAUGAGGGCCACACAGCGAAUUGCAAAGGGCAAGGGAAAGGUAGUGGGAAAGGUUGGAAAGGAUGAUGAGGACUUGGGCUCCAUUUGGAGUCGACAGACGACCUUGGAGUCGGCUGUGUGGAGUCGGCAGACCUCUUUGGAAGUUGCUGAGCAUAGUGCCGGCUGUUCCUCAACGAAGGUGGCUUCUGAGAGAUUGUCGGAUGAGACAUUCACUCAACCUGCACCGACUGGUUCAAGUCUUUCCAACCGGGCAGCUGUGCAGGUGAAGAACACAUUUAUUGAAGUCGAAGAAGCUGAAGUGACAGUAAAGCGCCUCCAAGUCCACAAGCAGACCCGUUUAUGCAGAUUCUUUGCAAUUGGUGCCUGCACACGGGGCACUGCUUGCUCCUUCGCCCAUGGGCAAGACAAGCUGCGAGAACAACCUGACUUCUCCAAGACGCGGCUGUGUGCCAACUUCAUUGAGAUAGGGAGCUGCGCCGAAGGCAGUGAAUGCAAGUUCGCGCACAGCAAAGAUGAGCUUCGCCCUGGCUCUGCGGCCAAGAUCGGUCGGCCAAAGGCAGCGCGGAGCAAACCAGCCAAUGAGCUGAAAGGCAAUGAGGAACGAGCUCUUGAGGUCAAGAAGAUUAUGCUCCAGAAAUCGUUGCAUGAGCAGGCUGCAUUGGACCUGAUCAUGAAGUCUUGCCCAAAAGACUCGCCUAAGGGCAGUAUUGCAAGCUGCUCUGCAUCUUUCAGCCGACAAUCCACCUGUGAGGGAGUGGAUUCCUUGUCGGUCCCCUUCAGCCGCGGGACGUCGCUUCAGAGCGAGACCGAGAUGUCGCCGAUCAGCAGCCUCAAAGGCAUCACAAGUGUCGCCCAAAGCGUCUCUUCUUACUUGCGGGAGCUCCCCAAGGUGGAACACGUGCAGGUCCUGAUCAAGAACACCUUCAUUGAGGUUGCUGAGGAUUGUGAGGAUGGAUCUUUGAAGCGAACACGUUCCCUCCCCAUGUUCUAG